GCUAGCAGAGGCUUUUAUUUCGAAAAGCACACGCACCGGAAAGAUUCCCUAUAGAUGCGGAAACAAAGAUGGCGGAAGAGGAGAACCAGUUUGAAGAAUGUGAGCAGAUAGACUUUUUAAAAGACCGACAUGUCCGAUUCUUCCAGAGGACCCUGCAGGUGUUACCUGAGCGAUACGCUUCGCUGGAGACAACCCGGUUAACUAUCCUGUUUUUUGCCCUUUCUGGUCUGGAUGUAUUGGAUGCCCUGGAUGUGGUUGACAGUGACGUGCUGAUUGAGUGGAUUUAUUCACAGCAAGUUCUACCCACUCAGGACAAAUCCAACCUGAACCGAUGUGGGUUUCGAGGAUCCUCACAUAUUGGAAUUCCCUACAGCACUAAGGGUCCAGGUGUGCUCCAUCCAUACGACAGUGGCCAUGUUGCCAUGACCUACACCGGACUGUGCUCGCUGUUGAUACUUGGCGAUGACCUGAGUCGGGUUAAUAAAGAGGCCGUUCUGGCUGGUCUCAAAGUGCUCCAGCUCGAGGACGGAAGUUUCUAUGCUGUGCCAGAAGGAAGCGAGAACGAUAUCCGGUUUAUCUACUGUGCUGCUAGUAUCUGUUACAUGCUGGAUGACUGGUCGGGCAUGGACAUCCAGAAAGCCAUUGAAUACAUCCGGGGAAGUUUGUCAUAUGACAAUGCAUUUGGCCAAGGAGCUGGGAAAGAGUGUCAUGGUGGCUGGACGUACUGUGCCAUAGCCUCCCUGUGUCUGAUGGGCCGGCUAGAGGAGGCUCUGAGUCAGCGGGAGCUGAACAGGAUCCGGCGCUGGUGCAUCAUGAGGCAGCAGAGCGGCUUCCAGGGACGACCCAACAAACCUGUGGAUACAUGCUACUCCUUCUGGGUGGGAGCUACCCUGGAGCUCUUGGAUGCGUUCCAGUUCACCAACUUUGAGAAAAACAGGAGCUUCAUUCUGUCCACGCAGGAUCGUUUGGUUGGUGGCUUUGCCAAGUGGCCUGACAGCCACCCAGACCCUCUGCAUGCCUACUUGGGGCUGUGUGGCCUGUCUCUGAUCGGAGAGCCUGAUCUGAGGAAGGUCCAUCCAGCUCUUAACAUCACCCAGAGAGCCUUUCAGCACCUCCAGCAGCUGCAGCAGACAUGGAGGGGCAACGGUGGCAGCUGCAUCGGACAGCAGGACGAUUUACAGCACUAACUGUGAAACAGAGCCGGUCUUUAGGUGGCUGCUGCUGCUGCUGCGUCUCUGAGAUGUUUGGCUUUCCAAGACUUUCGAAAUCUAAUGAAACUGCGAGGAUUUAAACUCUGAGGCCCCAAGUUCAAGUCCAUCUAAAGCAACAUUUUUGUCGAGCAAUAUAGGCCACGCCUCUCUGCUGCCUUUUUUUUAAAACAAGUAGUCAAUAAAGUUAUGCGUCGUGGUUUGUGAAAGUAUAAUAUUAUGAUGUGCCAGAAAGCGUAAUUAACUGGAGACUUGAACAAACAUCCGAUGCCUCCAUCUUUAGUUUAUGGCCUUUUUAACAUUUUUGAAUCAACAGACUUUUCCUUAAGGAUGCAUUGCUUUACUUGUUUUUUUAUGCUCUUUGCUGGAGCUGCACAUAGCUGCUGAGCUUUUUGUAACGCGUUUAGACCCGUGGGACCCAGUCAGCUUGAGGACUGUAGUCCUCCCAUGAUGCAGCCGCUCUUCAUGGGUCAAUAGUUCCUCUGUUUGAAAGCUGAGACCAUCCAACAGGUUUAUUCUCCUUAGCUUCUCACUCCUCUGACCCAGGCUUUAAUUUUCAAUCAACAGUUUUAGAUACAAACCUGAACUGCUUGGGUGACAUUUAUUAAAAUGGGGCUAAAUCUACCUCAGGACACAAAUGAUUAUUUGGACGUUUUUAAAUGGAGUUUUGGAGUAGAUUAAGUCUGAAGCCUUUUUAUUGGGAUCUUAUCGGACAGGAAACAUUAAGUGGCUCAUAAUUCUAAAAAGGACCGAUAAUUGUACAACUGUUUAAUAUUUUUUCCAAGCAAUUGGAAUCUAAAAUAAGGGAUCGGCAGUUUAACUCACCUUCACUGCAAUGAACAGCUGCUACUCUAGUUGUGUACAUCUAAAAACAGCUGAUUAAAAGUCCUUUGGAGCAUGGCUUAAAUCAUCGGAUGCAGAAGGUCUAUAAACAUAGAUGUUUGACUGUGAACACAGAGCCGGUUGCAUUCAAGUCUGGACUUUGUUGUAGGUCACUCUAACUUAUUAGAAUGGUUUAACAGAUUAAAUCACCUCCUUGUGUUAAGCGUUCUUUCAGAAACUGGACCUGGGCCCGUUUUUAAAAGGUUCUGCUUGCACCAAUAGGUCCUCAUCAGUUAUUUCUCUGCUUUUAACUUCAUUAAUCCUCAUAGGCAUCACUAUCCCUGAUGAAGAAAAGCCUCCAUGUUCCAAACAUUACUUUCCCAGGCUUUUAUUUUGCUGCGCCUCACAGGUGGCGUCCACAGCUAAUACUUAUCAUGCCAGCAUUUUCCCACCUGAGCAGCGGAUUUCUGCAGCUCCUCUAAAGUUCCCAUGCAACAUUUUUUUUUUUUUUUUUUUUUACAGUUACAAUCAAGGGUGAGCGAUGGCACUAUAUAUUUCAUUUAGAACUAUCGCAUCAAGUUCAGGUUUUUCUUUGUAAAAUUAUCUUGAAAACAAAGUUGUUGUUUUGUUUAACGGCAGUGAAGCUUGGUUGUAAUGAAGCAAAAUGUAAAAAAGUACCAAGGAGUACGAAUCUUUUCCCAGGUUCUGUAACACUGAAUUCCCUUCCUGUAAACAGCAUUACGCUAAGGAGGCUCUUUCGUGACACUUGAACUUUGCUAAUUCACCUGCUUCCUGAAUCCCUGUGAGGUCAUUUCAGCUGUGAAUCAGUAGAGAGGUUAGACAAUGGCAUCAUAACCAGAGGAAACAUCUUCCUUUGAUGCGUGCUGCUUAUUCUUAGUCCAGAAAGGAUGCGGGAUGAAAUAAAAAACAAUGACCAUAAUUGUACCUCCAUGUGUAAGGAAGCAGAGAGCAGCUUUCCAUUUGAUAACCAUCAGAACUCUAGUGAUUAUUUUCAUCUAGCUGCUUUGAAUACGUUUAUUUAGCCCUCUCUGGAGGCCAUAACCUGGGCGGAGGAGUCUUUCCACCUCUUGCCUUUGCAUCAGGUUUCUGUUGUACAGCAAGAGAAAAUAUUUCCAGCUUUCACGUAUCGCUGCCAGAAGUGGCACCUUUUUUUUUUAUUUUUAUUUUUUUAAUGAGGCCACAGUCUGAGGUAGCACCUGCUCCCCACGCUGACACACGAGGACGAGAUGCUUUGAAAGACUGUCGGAGAUGCAGCUGCCCGUCGGCUGCAUGCAGACAUGUCUGCGACUGCGUGCAGAAACCAGAUUAAACCUGCCGUCGCUUUCCAAAGCUAUUGGGAGGAGAAAAAAGCCCCCCAAAAAAGGAGGAGGUGAUGUAAGGAGAGGUAAAUGAAUAAAUAAUGCGAGCCAUCUAUUAUUGACAGUAAGCUGUCGGAGGCUGGAUUAUGUUCUUUGAAUCCAGACCAAACACUGGGCUGCAGUGUACAAAUAAUGCCCUAACGGAAUUAUUUGUAUUUUUCAUUUUUGCUUUAAUCUGGAAAAAAAAAAACAUAUUCUAAGACUAUUUUCUUAAUUCCUAUUCUACAUAUGUUUGCAUCACCAAACCAUAAUUUUACUUUUCUUUUUUCAUGUUAUGGAUGCUGGAUCGAGUGUCAGACUGAAUUAUUUGUAUUUUAUAUGAUAAAACUGUCUGGUAUUGUUUUUUUUUUUACCUUUAUAUUAUAAGCCUGUUCUCUUAGACCACAACACGAAGCCCUGUAACCAAUCGGCAUUUGUCCAGUUUUCCUGCCAAGCUAAUUCUACCCUGUUUUUAUUUGUACACAUAGUAAAGCAUCUUUCUCCUGCUUGCCUUCUUACUGUGCCUAAUGGACUGUUUGCAGUCGCUGCUCUCUGAAGGCUGUGCUUUCUUUUUUUUCUCCCCCUUCAUGCCUAAUUUAGGGAGAAAGAAGUUAAACCUCGGUUGCAUUUUCAGAUUUAGAUCUACAAAAGAAAAAUAUAGUUCAUUUACAUCUGUCCAAAAUGGAUUUGCUUUUGAGAUCAGAUGUCAUUGACUUGUUUCAGAUUGAUAUAGUCUAGAAAUAUGUCAGGAUUUAUUUGAAGAGGCCACUGAAAGGCACCACUGCUGGUACAUUUUUAUUUUAAAGCAUUUGCAGAUGAAACCUUGGGUUCAUCUGCAUGAAUAGAAGGCGCAGCUGCUUUGUGCCUCUAAAAGCUGUGAAAAGAUUGGAGUGGAGAUGCAGCCCAAACACCACAUGCCAUUUCAUGAAGCAAUGCUAUCAAUAUUGUAAUGAUAAAUCAUGUAACAAAAAAAACGUAACGGAGUUUAUUUUUUCUAUACUUUAUAAAAAUGAGUUUAGAUUGAUCUAAAUGUUUAUCAAUAUCUGACAUCUAUUGGGCAACACAACGGAGCAUUUACAUUAGGAGAACUGGACCUGCAGGUGUUGGUGUGUGAUGUUUUCUCAUGGUUCAGCUUUUGGGUUUGGACACAGCAAUGCUGAUUCACGCUUGGCAUGAAAACCUGUUUGUGUUCGAAUAAAAUGUGUACUAACUUCAA